GUAGUACAUGUUGUAAAUGUGGUUUGGGCUUUUGCUCUAUUUAGGGAAACAAGACACGUCCUUCUUUAAGAGUAUUGCGUGUUAAGAAAGGGAAAACCAGCCACCGCCAUAUUUGUUACUUUUUCUGAAACCCCCAAAACAACAACAGCAACACACAGCGCUAAAAAAUGUCUUCCUACGACAAGUCUGAUCAAAUUGGUUACGAUGAAACAGACAAGAUUCUGAACGCUGAAUUGGAGGAGAUGAUGGCCCGCACCCAGCCGGAAGUCCAACGAAAUUUGCAGCACCGUAUUCACGACGGCAUUCUUGCUCGCAUGAAGGAAGAGACAACGCGUAAGUGCUUCCCAUUUAUCCAGAAGUAUGAACAAUGUGUAAAUAGUCAAAAGCCCUACAACAUGAAAAGGUGCUACCCUCAUCGCGAUGCCAUGAAUGACUGCGCAAAGGAAGUGAAUCGCGAGGAGAACUACCAGCGUUAUCGUAUCAUGUACCUGCGUGGCGAGCUUCUCAAAUACCAUGAGAAGCGUAUGGCGGGUAAGAUGGAGGCGUUUAAAGUAAAGGCUCCUGAUGCCAUUAGGUCAUGGAAGUAUGAUUAUGCACCGAAGUAUGCCCAUAUGAUGGAGGACCUUGGAGAGGCGCCGCUCGGAACUGCUCAAGAAAACGCCACUGACGACAGCAAAAAGUGA